CGCCGCCGCGCUCCUGCGGGGUGCCCGUCGCCUCCUCCUCCUCUUCCUCCCCCUCGUCCUCCUCCUUCUCCUCGUCCUCCUGCGGCCGCCGCCGCGCUCGGCCAUGUCGAUGCUGCCGUCGUUCGGCUUCACGCAGGAGCAGGUCGCCUGCGUCUGCGAGGUGCUGCAGCAAGGGGAACCUGGAGAGGCUGGGCCGGGGGGGAACCUGGAGAGGCUGGGCCGGUUCCUCUGGUCUCUGCCGGCCUGCGACCACCUGCACAAGAACGAGAGCGUCCUCAAGGCCAAGGCGGUGGUGGCCUUCCACCGCGGCAACUUCCGCGAGCUCUACAAGAUCCUGGAGAGCCACCAGUUCUCCCCCCACAACCACCCCAAGCUGCAGCAGCUCUGGCUGAAGGCGCACUACGUGGAAGCCGAGAAGCUGCGGGGCAGACCCUUGGGCGCCGUCGGCAAAUACCGCGUCCGCCGAAAAUUCCCUUUGCCCCGCACCAUCUGGGACGGCGAGGAGACCAGCUACUGCUUCAAGGAGAAAAGCCGCAGCGUGCUCCGAGAGUGGUACGCCCACAACCCCUACCCGUCCCCCCGUGAGAAGCGGGAGCUGGCCGAGGCCACCGGCCUCACCACCACCCAGGUCAGCAACUGGUUCAAGAACAGGAGGCAACGGGACCGAGCGGCGGAGGCGAAGGAAAGAGAGAACACGGAAAACAACAACGCGGCCACCAACAAACCGAACCAACUCUCGCCUCUGGAUGGGAGCAAACCCCUCAUGUCCAGCUCCGAGGAAGAGUUUUCUCCUCCCCAAAGCCCGGAUCAGAACUCGGUCCUGCUCUUGCAGGGGAACCUCAGCCACGCCAGGAGCUCCGGCUAUUCCCUGAGCGGCUUAACCCCGUCCCAGACCCCUCACAGCCUCCAAGGCCACCAGCUCCAGGACUCGCUGCUGGGACCCCUCACGUCCAGCCUGGUGGAUCUGGGAUCCUAAAGGCCCUCGGCGGGCCGCCGGAGGAUCGGGAGAGGAGGUGCUGCUCGGGGACAGAGGCUCUGGGUUGUACAUAGAGGACAGCACCCGGUUUUACAGCUCACCCGCUGAUUCUUAACGGGACUCUCGGCUCUUUUCACACAACCCCACAUCGGCUCUUGCGCCGGUACCACUUCAGCGGCUCCCACUAUCACCACGAUUUUUAAUUUUUUCUUUUUUUCCACGUAGCCAAACGCAGAGAGCGGCAAUAACCCUCAUCAGCCCUUCGAGUUCAAACGCGUUGGU